CGCGAGUCGAUCCCAGACUUGCAGGAUAACCUGAACCGGAACUCAGGUGCCGACAGUCAGUGACCCUGAACGGGUCCGAAUCGGAGCUUUCAGUCAUGGUCUUCGAGUCCCUGGUCAGUGACCUCCUGAACAGGUUCAUUGGGGAUUACGUGGAGAAUCUGGACAAGUCUCAGCUGAAGAUCGGAAUCUGGGGAGGAAACGUUGUUCUGGAGAACCUCAGGGUGAAGGAAAAUGCUCUGAGUGAGUUUAAUGUUCCCUUCAAAGUAAAGGCUGGACAGAUUGGCAAGCUGACGCUGAAGAUUCCCUGGAAGAACCUGUAUAACGACGCUGUCGUCGCCACGUUGGAUGGUUUGUACCUGCUGGUUGUUCCCGGAGCCAAGAUAAAGUACGAUGCAGCAAAGGAGGAGCGUUACCAGCAGGAGGAGAAGCAGAGGGAGCUGCAGCGCAUUGAGGAGGCGCUGCAUAUGGGCGCACGCAGAGCAUCUCAGACCCAAGACUUGCUGUUUGGUCUGGAGAGUGUAGUUUACAAGGAACCACACAGUGGACAUAAAAAACAUAAAAAAGCCAAAAAAUCUUUAAAGAAGCUGAAACGACUUGAAAACAAAGCAAAAACAGACAAGCCUCAGGAGGAGAAGAAGGACACAUUUGUGGAGAAACUGGCUACUCAAGUGAUCAAAAACCUGCAGGUGAAGAUCAGCAGCAUCCACCUGCGUUACGAGGAUGAUCUGACGGACCCACAGUGUCCCCUUUCCGUGGGAGUGACCCUAUCAGAGCUCAGUCUGCAGACCACAGAUGAAAACUGGAAGCUGUGUAUUCUGAAUGAAGCUGCAAAGAUCUUCUAUAAGCUCGGCUGCCUGGAGAGUCUGUGUGCCUACUGGAACGUCAACAGUCCCAUGUACUACAAACAGUCAUGGCAGGACAUUGUGGACCAGCUGAAGUCUGGAAUCAGCGUUAAAGUUCAGGAGCUUCCCCACUAUCAGUACAUUUUCAAGCCAAUUUUCGCUUCCGCUAAAAUUUGCAUCAACCCUACCGCUGAGGUCCAGCUGAAAUCUCCGAAGGUGAACCUUCAGCUGGAGGUCCAGAACAUUGCCAUCGAGAUGACAAAGCCACAGUAUCUGAGCAUGGUGGACGUGCUGGAGUCCAUUGACUUGAUGACGAAGAACGCCCCCUACAGGAAGUUCAGACCUGAGGUUCCCAUACAAGAAAAUGCCAAACUCUGGUGGAGGUAUGGUUUCAAUAGCAUCGUGGAGGUCCACAUCCGGCGUAUCAAGAGAAUGUGGUCCUGGUCCAACAUCAGACUUCACCGAGAGAACCUGAAGGCCUACAGGUUGGCCUACAAGAUCAAACUACUGAACCAGGCUAAAUCGGAGUCAUACACUGAGCAACAGGUCCAAGAUCUGGAGAAGGUUCUAGAUGUGUUCAACAUCACUUUGGCCCGACAACAGGCCCAGAUGGAGGUGAUCAGAUCAGGGCAGAAGGUGGCUGGGAAGAAGGCAGGAGGCCAGAAACAAGGAGGAGGUUUCUUCAGUGGCUGGUUUGGACAAAAGGCAAAGAAGGAGGAGCAGGAGAGCAAGGAGAGCAAGGAGCCAGAAAGUUCAGGUCUGGACCAACUCCUGACAGCCGAGGAGAAAGAAAAACUGUACACAGCCAUUGGCUACAGUGGAAGCUCCCACAACCUGACGCUGCCAAAACAGUAUGUAGCUAUAAUCGUCACCUUCAAGCUGUUAAGGACUUCAGUGACGAUCAGGGAGCAGCACAGCGUGCCAGAGAUCCUGACGAUCCUGAUGCUCAACCUCAGCACCAAAAUAUCUCAAAGGCCUGGAGCUCAAGCUGUCAGGGUGGAGGCAGCGUUGGAGCACUGGCAUGUGACCGGUCUGCAGCAGCGUGGGACGGUCCCCUCUCUCAUCGCCUCGGUGGGAGAGACCUCUUCGUCUCUUCUCAAUGUUGUGUUCGAACUGAACCCAGAGGAAAGCAGCUAUGACCAGAUGCUCAGAAUCCACUCUCAGCCUGUGGAGAUCAUCUAUGAUGCGGUGACAGUCAACAGUAUGGUGGACUUCUUUAAGAUGGGGAAAGGUGUAGAUCUGGAGGUCCUGACCUCUGCCACGCUGUCUAAACUGGAGGAAAUUAAAGAGAAAACUGCAGCAAGUUUGUCUCACAUCAUUGAGACCAGGAAAGUCUUGGACCUGAAGAUUGACCUGAAACCAUCAUACCUGAUCAUUCCAAAGUCUGGCUUCUACAGCGACAAGCCGGAUCUUAUAAUCGUGGACUUUGGCAGCUUCCAGUUGCACAGCGUCAAUCAGAGCAGUCAUACUUCAACAUCUCCAUCCUCCGCUUCUCUGGAAGAGAUCAUGGAUCGAGCCUAUGAAAGAUACAGCGUGGGCCUUAGCCGAGUUCAACUGCUUUACAGCAAGUCAGGUGAGGCCUGGAAGUCUGCACGGCUCCAGAGUUCAUCGGUCCAACACAUCCUCCAGCCGAUGGACUUCACUCUGCAUUUGGCCAAGUGUAUGAUCGAAAAAGAUGCUCGAAUGCCUAGGUUGAAGGUGUCAGGAGAGCUGCCACUACUGCACGUUAAGAUCUCAGACCAGAAGAUCCAGAAUGUUCUGGAGUUGGUUGACAGCAUCCCCUUGCCCAAGAUGGACUCCUCUCCGUCCACUCCAACAGAGAAGGUCUUACCUUUAGUGAAGGUCCUACCACAGGCAACCAACCUUGACCCCAUCCUCCUCGACACAUUUGAAACAGAUUCAGAUGAGGAUGCCAGUGAGAAGUCAACAGAUGAGGAGCAUCAGCGCUCCACUUUGGAAGAACUCAUCAAUGUCCACUUCAAGUUUGAAGUCAGAGAGAUGCUGUUGGAGCUCACUGAACAGAUGGACCAGGAGAAGACUGUCCUGUCCUUUAGCAUCUGCCAGGUGGGAGCUGAAGGGAAGAUGCGGAGCUUCGAUCUGAGUGUCACCUCGUACCUGCAACGAGUUGUACUUGACUACUGUGAUGUUCCAGAUGGCAGGAGUCCUCUCCACCUGAUCAGCUCAUCAGAGCUGCAGGGCUCCAAACUGCUGAAGGUGGAGUUCAUCAAGGUGGAGUUCUCCUCUUUGGACUUCCUCCUUCACACCAAAGCUCUGCUGUCGGCUGUCAGCUACCUGAACAACGCCAUGCCAUCGCAGCUCCGCACUGCCCGGGAUCAAGACGGCAGAAAGCAGGUGGAGAGUUCGGCCCAGACCCGAGCAGUGUCUAAAGGAGGUAAAGACAGCAGCAUCUUCAGCUUCAAGCUAUUUGCUGUGUUGGGCUGCUUCCAUGUGGAGGUGUGUGACGACCGGAGCAGCAUCGCUGACAUUAGAGUUCAAGGAAUCGAUGCCUCUGUGCUGGUGCAGCUGAAGGAGACGGAGGUGUUCGCUCGACUCCGAGACAUUGUGGUUACGGAUACUAACCCCAAAACCAUUCACAAACAGGCGGUGUCCAUCAUGGGUAAGGAGGUGUUCAGCUUCAAGCUGUCCCUGUUUCCAGGGGCGACGGAGGGUGACGGCUAUAGUGACAUGUCGAAGGUGGACGGGAAGGUCACGUUGAGUCUGGGCUGCAUCCAGAUCAUCUACAUUCACCAGUUCCUCAUGUCUCUGCUGAUGUUUGUCGACAACUUCCAGAUGGCUAAAGAAGCUCUUACCACCGCCACUGCUCAGGCAGCAGAGAAGGCAGCGUCCAGUGUUCGAGACUUUGCCCAGAAGAGUUUCCGUCUGUCUAUGGACAUCAGGAUGAAGGCUCCACUCAUCAUCAUCCCUCAGUCCUCCACCUCCAAUAAUGCCUUGGUGAUUGAUCUGGGUCUGAUCACGGUGGGAAACAGCUUCUCUCUGCAGUCAGCUGAAGGGUUCUCUCUGCCAGCUGUGCUGGAGAAGAUGGACGUCAAGCUGACACAGCUGAAACUCUACAGAAAAACUCUGAACUCCUCUCUUCAAGACAUUGAGAUUCUUCAGCCAAUCAACUUGGAGCUGCUGGUCAUCAGAAACCUGGCCGGUUCCUGGUUCUCUGAGCUCCCCGGGGUCCAGGUCCGGGGACUUCUUCGGUCCCUCAGAAUAGGUCUGGGUGAAGAGGACCUCUGUGUUCUGAUGAAGAUUCUGGUGGAGAACAUUGGAGAAAGAGAUAAAGAGCACGAGAAGGACGUCCAAAGACAGGUGGCGCAGGACUCUACUGGUGAGCCUCUGUGUCUCGUCAGCUCCUCAGUGGAGUCAGAAGCCGAACUGCUCAAAGUGGAGUACCACAAGGCUGACCGCUGUGGGCCAGACUUCUCCUCUGUCUAUAGCAACACAGAGCAGAUGAUCAACGUAACAUUCACUUCCCUGGAUGUCAUGCUUCACACUGAGGCUCUUCUGUCAGCCCUAAACUUCCUGUCCACAAUACUGUCAUCCAGCAGCAUGCUAUCUUCAGAGAAAAACCUUCUACCAAAGGCAGAGGAGAGGACAGUGUCUGCCAAAUCCACUGCCUUAGUUUCCCCUAUGGACUCAGACAUCGUGGACCUGAAAGUGUCCAUGACUCUAGGGGCCUUCAAUGUCCUUGUGUGUGAUCAGACCUGCAACAUGGCUGAUAUCAAAGUUCAAGGUAUAAAUGGGUCUUUGGUUAUGCAAGGACCUCAGACUCACAUAUCAGCCCGCUUACAGGACUUCAUUGUCUUGAAUGCUGAUCCAAAAAGCAUCCACAAGAAGGCCAUAUCUAUUGUAGGAGAGGAGGUGUUUAGUUUCAGCGUGAGUCUGACUCCAAAUGCCACGGAGGGCGCAGACUACACUGACACUUCCAAAAGUGACAGCACGGUAAAGCUGAACGUGGGCUGCAUCCAGGUGGUUUACCUGCACAAAUUCAUCAUGUCUCUGCUGAAUUUCAGCAACAACUUCCAAAUGGCUAAAGAGGCUCUGAGCACGGCAACAGCUCAGGCAGCAGAGAAGGCAGCGUCCAGCGUUCGAGGCUACGCCCAGAAGAGUUUCCGUCUGUCCUUGGAUGUCAGGCUGAAGGCUCCACUCAUCAUCAUCCCUCAGUCCUCCACCUCCCAUGAUGCGCUUGUGAUAGACCUGGGUCUGAUCACGGUGGGAAAUGGCUUCUCUGUGCUGCCCAUUGCAGGAUGUCCUCUUCCAGCUGUUGUGGACAGUAUGGACAUGCAGCUGACAGAGCUGAAGCUGUCCAGGACCUGUUUAGACCCAGCCUUGAGCCUACCCAGCAUUGAGCUGCUGGAACCAGUCAACCUGAACCUCAACAUCAAGAGAAACCUGUCAGCUGGCUGGUACAAGGACAUGGCUGCUGUGGAGAUCAAUGGAGACCUGAAGCCCAUGAAGCUGGAGCUCAGUCAGGAUGACCUAGGAGUUCUGCUCAGAAUCUUGACGGAGAACCUUAAAGAAGCUGGUGCUCCAGAUCCCAGUGCCCCCAGACAAGAGGCCAGCCUGCAGCCUCCAUCCACCAGAAGCCUCCCAGAAGGUGAGUCUGAGAAGCCAGCGGAGAGCAGGAGUGAAUCUGUGGAGACGGUCAAGUUUAACUUCAACAUUGAGUCUUUGGGUCUGGUUCUGUACCACAACAACCCUAAACAGCAGCCGACAGACCUUCAACACCAGCAGAACCUCAGACUCGGGGAGUUUGCCCUCCGCCUGCUGAAAACGUCAGGGAAGAUCCUGAAUAACGGUGGCAUGGAGGUGAGCAUGGUCCUGAUGACGUGCACGCUGGAUGACCUGCGGACCGGCAUGGACCGGGUCACUUCACGGAUGGUGGGACAGAAAGAAGACGACAGCUCGCAGCCCAUGAUCGAUGUGCUGUACCGGCAGAGCGCUGCAGACCAGGACUUGGUGGCUGUCCUGCAAAAACUGUACCUGUGUGCAAGCACGGAGUUCCUGAUGGCCGUCACAGAUUUCUUUCUGCAGGCUCUGCCGCAGAGUCCAGCUGCAACCGUGUCAGUUGCAACGAGCGAUAAGCUGCCGCAGAGACAGACCACCGAACCUCGACCUGAUGCAAAGGCUGCUUCUGUAGUGAGGACCCGACUGCAGGCAGUGAUUGUGGACCCAGAAGUGGUGUUUGUGGCCAGCUUGAUGAAGGCCGAUGCCCCCGCUCUGGUGGCCUCGUUUCAGUGUGACUUCACUCUGCAGAUUGAGGAAGACGGAUCCCAGACUGUGAAGUCCAACCUGAGGGGGCUGAAAGUUCUGGCCUGUCCCUUCAUUCGAGACAAGUGGGAUAAAGCUGUUACCACUGUGCUGAAACCCUGCUCAGUUGCCUUGGAAACUAAAACUGGACCCAACCAACCACUGAGCGGCUCUGUGAUGGUGGAGGAAGUCAUUGUUAAGAUCUCCCCGGUCAUCCUCAACACAGUGAAGACGAUAACAGCGGGCAUGACAAAGCCCAGUACUGAGCAGAAUCAGGAACUGAGUCCUGACGUCAGCGACCUGUGGUCCAUCAUGAACAUCUACAACUGUAACUUCUGGUUUCUGGGAGUGGACCAGGCCACCGAGAUGACAGAGAGCUUCACAGAGGUGGACAAAAAGAACAAUGGAGAAACCUUUUCUGCUCAGAUCAAGGUAGUCCAGAUGACUCUGGAGUCUGGUUUGGGUCAUCGGACGGUCCCUCUGCUGCUGGCUGAGUCUUCCAUAAAUGGACAGGCGAAAAACUGGUCAUCUCUGCUGCAGCUGAAGGCUGACAUGACACUGGAGGUGAACUACUUUAAUGAGGUCCAUGCAGUGUGGGAGCCUCUGAUUGAACGAAUUGACGGUGGCCGACGCAGGUGGAACCUGGAGCUGGAGAUCAAGAACAACCCAGUUAUGGACAAGAGUCCCGUGCACGGAGACGACGACUUAUUUCUUCCUGAACCUCAGACCGUCAUCAACAUCUGCUCCAAAGAUCCCAUGAACAUCACCAUCUCCAAGAGCAGCCUUGGUGUCUUCCAAAACCUGGCUAAGGCGUUUUCAGAGGGCACGGCUUCAACCUUUGAUUACACUCUGAAGGAAAAGCCUCCCUUCACCCUCAGGAAUGCCCUGGGAAUUCCUCUAAUUGUGCAGCACAGUGCCAACUUGAAGCCAGUUGGAGAUCCAGCUCGGGGAAAACUUCACGAGCUGCUAGUGGAUCAGAGUGUGGACCUGGUCCACUCUGUGUUUGAGUCAUCAUUCAGAGGAAAACUUUCAGCUCUUCAGCGCCAAGAGAGCUGCCUGUUCAACCUCACAAUCGUGCCCUCCGGAUACAGCGAGAUCUCCAACGUAGCUGUGGACAAACCUGGUCGGCGCCUCUUCAACAUCCGUGGUCCAAUGCUACAGGAGGCAGUUUCUGUGCUGGUUCAGAUCGAUGCUGCUGAGGGCAACAAGGUCAUCACGGUUCGCUCACCACUGCAGAUAAAGAAUCACUUCUCUGUGCCCUUUGCAAUCCUUAAGUAUUGUCCAAAAUCUAGGAGUCUGCAGAGUGUGGGAACAGCUGAACCUGAGAAAGAGUUUCAUGUCACUUUGGAAUCAUACAGAGCUCAGCUGUUCGUACGUCCAGGGGGACUUUUAGACGGUCAGUAUGGUCCGUCCUCCAGCUGUGUGGCCUGGAAGGAGCAGGUGCAUCAAAGUUUCCAAGUCCGCUCGGUGCUGCAGUGUCCUGCAUCUGACAGCAGUCUACUGCCACUAAUGGUCAGCACGCUGGCCAUCCCUGAUGACCUGCGACACAUCACCAGCCACGGUGAACAAGACUGGGAUCCUGCCUACAUCAUCCACCUACACCCUGUGGCCACACUUCGCAACCUGCUCCCCUACACAGUCCGCUACAUGAUGGAGAACUCAGCAGAUUUUCAUGAGCUUCAAGAAGGCAGCACUUCAGACCUGCUGAACGCGCGAAUCUCAGGUGAAAUAGUUUCGUUAGCACUGAUCCAGUAUCAGGGGCGUGACUGGCAUGGACACAUUCAGAUCAGUCAGAACAUGGAAGAGUUUUUUGCGGUGUGCCUGGCCUGUGACUCAGAAAGCAGUAUGACAGCAGAUGUGAGCGUUCAUGUUUCCAAGACAACAAGCCGCCUGGUGAUGUCACUCUUCAGCCCAUACUGGAUCAUCAACAAGACUUCCAGAGUGCUUCAGUACCAGUCUGAGAACGUCAGUUUCAAGCACCCUGCUGAGUACAGAGAUGUCAUUCUGUUCUCCUUUAAGAAGACCAACCUGUUCAGCAAGAACAAGCUCCAGCUGAGCAUCUCCACAAGCUCCUGGUCUGAUGCGUUCUCUUUGGACACGGUGGGAAGUUAUGGCUGCGUUCGCUGUCCUGCCAACAACAUGGACUUCUUGGUGGGCGUUAGCAUCCAGUUGAGCAGCUUUAAUCUGACCAGGAUCGUCACCAUGACUCCUUUCUACACUCUGGUGAACAAGUCUUCAUACGAGCUAGAGUGUGGGGAACUCAUCAACCAGACCUCCAUUAGGUGGCACUACGUCCCCUCCACUGAGUGCCUCCCUCUGUGGCCGAUGAACAGCUCAGGGAAGUUGUGCAUCCGUGCGGUCGGCUCUGACUCCAACUCAAAGUUCUUCUACUUCAACCGGCAGGACAACGGCACCCUGCUGAGCCUUGACACAUGCGGUGGGAUCAUUAUGGACGUCCACAUCUCUAAUCACGCCACCAUCAUCAGCUUUACUGAUUAUUAUGAGGGAGCAGCCCCCGCCCUGCUGAUAAACCACACAGCCUGGGCCACCAUCAGCUACAGGCAGAGCGGAUCAGAUGCGGUUUAUAAUCUGCAACCUGGCAAUGCUCGGAGGUUUGUGUGGCAUGACCCUGCAGGAACCCGAACGUUCAGCUGGAGCCACAAGGAGCAUUCAGGAGAACUGGACCUGCUGAAGGAUGAGGUUGGUCAGUUUUCUGCUGACAGCAGAUCUCAGAUCCACUGGGUUUCCUUUCUGGAUGGACGACAGCGAGUGUUGCUGUUUACAGAGGACACUGCUGUGGUGACUAAAGCUCGACAGUCGGAGAAGCUUGAACAGUUUGAACAGGAAGUGAAGGUCUCCCUGCAAAAUCUUGGGCUGUCCCUCAUCAACAACAGCAGCCAGCAGGAGAUUGCUUACAUCGGCAUCCCUAGCUCAGGUGUGGUUUGGGAGCACAAAAAGAAGAAUCGCUGGAAGUCGUUCAAUCAGAAAAACAUCAACCUGCUGGAGAAAACUUACCAGGGUCAGCUGAGUGGGAAGAUGGAAGGUGGCUGGGUCAUUCUGGAGAACAAUCUGGAGGUGAACUUGAGUGAAGCAGGAAUGAUGAUGCGUCAGCCCUGUUCCUGCCCAAUCAGAAGGAACUUCCUGUCUGGGAUCCAGGUGGAGUACAAGCAGUCUAUGCACCAACGCAGCCUGAGAGCACAGCUGCACUGGCUACAGGUGGACAACCAGCUCCUGGGUGCCAUGUUCCCCAUCAUCUUCCAUCCAGUCCCUCCUCCAAAGUCCAUUGCUCUAGACUCAGAACCAAAGCCCUUCAUCGACAUGUCCAUCAUCACAAGGUUCAACCAGCACAGCAACGUCACACAGAUCAAGUACUUCAUGGCUCUGGUUCAGGAGAUGGCAGUGAAAAUUGAUCAGGGUUUCCUGGAAGCUGUCUUGGCUCUGUUUACGUCAGAUUCUGACCCUGAAAAUGAAGGACAGAAGUCGGGGCUGAUCGAGGGAGACCUGCAGCGUCUGCAAGCAGAGCCCACAGAGAUGUCGCUGUCCAACACGUCAGGAUUUAGCUUCUUUGAAUUUUUCCACAUCUCACCCAUCAAGCUUCACCUCAGUUUGUCUCUGGGUUCCAGCAAUGACAGCUCUUCUCAGGAGUCGGCUGCUCUUCAGCCUCUGAAGCUGCUGUUAAAAAGUAUUGGUGCCACGCUGACCAAUGUGGAUGACAUCAUCUUCAAGCUGGCCUUCUUCGAGAUGAAGUAUCAGUUUUACAGCAGAGAAAAGCUGAUGCGGACGGUGGGCCAACAUUACAGUGAACAGUUCCUUAAGCAGAUGUAUGUUCUGGUUCUGGGUCUGGAUGUUCUGGGGAACCCGUUUGGACUGAUCCGAGGUCUGUCCGAGGGAGUGGAGGCCUUCUUCUAUGAGCCGUUUCAGGGAGCCGUUCAAGGUCCAGAGGAGUUCGCCGAAGGAUUAGUAAUUGGCGUUCGAAGCCUGUUGGGUCACACUGUAGGUGGUGCGGCAGGUAUGGUCUCCAAGAUCACAGGUUCUGUUGGUAAAGGUCUGGCAGCCAUCACUAUGGAUAAGGAGUACCAGCAGGAACGGCGAGAGGAGAUGAAUCGACCACCUAAAGACUUCAAAGAUAGCCUGGCCAAAGGAGGGAAAGGACUGCUGAAGGGCGUCGUCGGUGGAGUUACAGGCAUCGUCACCAAACCCGUGGAAGGAGCUAAGAAAGAGGGUGCAGCAGGCUUCUUUAAGGGGAUCGGUAAAGGUCUUGUGGGUGUUGUUGCUCGGCCGACAGGUGGUAUUGUGGACAUGGCCAGCAGCACCUUCCAGGGAAUCCAGAGAGCGGCGGAGUCGACGGAGGAAGUGACCAAACUUCGGCCAGUGCGUCUGAUCAAGGAGGAUGGGGUCAUCCGACCGUUUGACCUGAUGGAGUCGCAGGGUUUGGACCUUUUUCAGCGCUCAGGAGCCAAGCCACUGGAUGGUGAAGUGUUCAGAAGCUUUUGUCCACAUCCUGCUCACAGAAAGACCAACAUCAUCGUCACCAACAGGAGGGUGUUUUGUGUGAAGGAGCUGGAUUUUGUCGGUCACUUUACCACGGAUUGGGAAUGUAGGUAUGAGAACUUCCUCCGUCCUCCAACUGUGACAGAAUCCGAGCUGAAGAUUUACUGCAAGGAACAGCAGAAGCUGAAACUUCCCAAAACUCCAGAUUCAGUCAGAACCGUUCACCUCAAAGACGCAAAGACUGCCCAGAAGCUGCACGAGGCCAUAUGUGACGCUCAGGUGGCGCAGCAGCAGCACCGCAUGGCAAGACAGAAGUCCCAGCGCUUCCUAAAUCUCAGCAAAAAGCAGUGAUGUCACUUCCUGUCUGCCUGCAGCCACUGAGGGGGCGGGGUUUGAGUAAAAUAUUCCUGAUUCGUGCCAACACUCGUCACCUGAUCCGGUGAAUCCGUCCAAGACCCAGCAGAUGGCACUUUCUCAGAAGCUUAUUUUUAAAAACUAAAGAUGUCAUAGGAUGAAUGUUUUUCCUUGCUGGUUGUUUUUCUUUUGCCUCAGAUGUUUUUGUUUGUGGUUAUUUUUUGCUUCUCGUCCUGAAACAAAAAAGUUCUUGAAGUAAAAACGGAGCUGAUUUGCCUAAAUGUUGGUAAACUUUUUCUAAACAAUAAUUCUGUACAAAUCCUUCAGAAAGCAGAAAAUUUCUUGAACCAAAGUUAACACGCUGAGCUCACCAUUUUAUUUUAGUAUUUUUAUUUUGAAAAGUCCUCUGAGCUUGUGGGUGUUUGGUUCCUCCUCUGUGCCUUCAGGCAGCACCACUUCCUGCCCCAAGAUGAAGAAAGAUUUUUGCACUAUAAGAAAACUUGCAAUAAUAAUGGUAAUUAUGAUGAAUGUUUGCUGAAUUUAACUUUUAAUUUUCAGGAAAAUACAAAUAUCGAAAUGAUCAUUUAACAACUUUAUUUACAUUUAUAGCAACAAAUGGAAACACAGUUUGUAUGAGACCAUCUGCAAGACAAAAAUGUGUUGUUUUGUUUGUGAAGAAUGUAAACCAAACAUCUGUCCAUCUCCUGACAGUACUGGAAUCUUAUCUGUCAAAUUAAUAUUUC